AUGAUUCGCGAACUCGGUCUUCCAUCCAUAUUCAUUACCUUAUCAAUGGCUGAAGGUUCAUGGAGUCAUCUUCGUAAUAUACUUACCGGUACCGAUAACAAUAAUCCGUUACCAACCAACAGGCCUUUACAUACAACACUUCACUUUAUUCACAGAUUGCAAAAUCUAAAAAAACAUGUUUGGAAAAAUCAAAAUAUUAGUGAAUGGGGCUCUUAUACCCAUUUUUUUGAUCGAAUAGAAUUUCAAAAUCGUGGAGCAGCUCACUUACAUGGAGUCUAUUGGACAACAUCAAAUAUAGCUGAAAUGAUUAGCUUAAACACUAUUCGAUCAACCCUUCCAGAUCCCAAUUUAGAACAAGAGCUUUACCAAAAAGUCUGCGCAUUCCAAAUACACACAUGUAGUUCUAAAUGUGGAGGUCCAGCUCCAUCAGGUUCUACAUGCAAAAAAGGUUUCCCUCGUCCAUUUUCUGAAUCUACUCAUUACGAUCCCAAUAACUAUAGAUAUACUUAUAAAUGCCUAACUCCAGAAGACCAAUGGAUAAUUCCAUACCACGCACCUACUCUAAUGAUAUGGAAUGCUCAUAUCAAUGUUCAAUAUAUUACAAGCAAAG